UCCGUCCGGUACUUAAAGGAAAACAGCCGCGCGCUAAAGGACCACCGGACACUUCUCCGGUGGGCGCGAUGUCCGCAAAGACGAGUGCGGCGCCGUUAGACGUUGAGCUCUGCCUCCCCGUUCCGCCUCACCGUCUGCGCGCCCUCCGUUUCCAACGUGUCCCGAUAAACGUAUCGAUAGCAGACCGUACACCGGCGCGCGAGGACAGGCUGGGGCUCGAGGCGGAGUGAACUCCCGACAGCAAGUCGCGAGGAGCCCCCGGGGUUACGGAAACGGCGAGUCCGACUACCCCGUUAUCACGAGAGGUUAUAAGGGGGAAAACUCUGCACAUGAAGAACAUAAAAGAACAGGGACGUGGAAGAUUUGGAACCGAAGAAUGGCCGCUCCCGACCUCCUGGAUCCAAAAGCCGCCGCCCACAAUUCCAAGCCCCGCCUGUCGUUCUCGGCCAAGCCGGUGGUGCUGAGCCCCCCGGAGGACUUCGAGCCGCGCGCCAGCGUCAUGCGUUGGAAGACGGUGCUGACCGUCUUCUUGCUGGUGGUGCUCUACCUUAUCGUGGGCGCCACCGUCUUCAAGGCCCUGGAGCAGCCGCACGAAAGCUGGCAGCGGGUGGCCAUCCUCGGCCAGAAGCUGCAGUUCCUUACCGAGCACUCGUGCGUCAACUCCAGCGAGCUGGAGGAGCUGGUGAAGCAAGUGACGUCAGCCAUACGCGCCGGCGUCAACCCCUCGGGGAAUUCAUCCAAUCAGACGAGCCUGUGGGACCUCAGCAGUUCCUUUUUCUUCGCUGGGACUGUUAUCACCACAAUAGGGUUCGGGAACAUUUCCCCGCACACGGAAGGGGGCCGGAUCUUCUGCAUCGUCUACGCCCUGCUCGGCAUCCCCCUGUUUGGCUUCCUGCUGGCCGGGGUGGGCGACCAGUUGGGCACCAUUUUCGGCAAGUGCAUCGCCAGGGUGGAGAAGAUGAUUGUGAAGUGGAACGUGAGUCAGACGAAGAUCCGCGUCAUCUCCACCGUGCUCUUCAUCCUGCUCGGCUGCCUCCUCUUCGUCACUCUGCCGGCCAUCAUCUUCAAGCACAUCGAGGGCUGGAGCACGCUGGAAGCCAUCUAUUUCGUCGUCAUCACCCUAACGACCAUCGGCUUCGGCGACUUCGUGGCGGGCGAGGGUGAACGACGUCACCAUCAGGAGAGCAACGGCGGCUCCGAGCUGGAGUACCUGGACUACUAUAAGCCCGUGGUGUGGUUCUGGAUCCUGGUGGGCCUCGCCUACUUCGCUGCUGUGCUCAGCAUGAUUGGAGACUGGUUCCGGGUCAUAUCGAAGAAAACAAAGGAAGAGGUGGGCGAGUUCCGAGCCCACGCCGCCGAGUGGACCGCCAACGUUUCCGCCGAGUUCAAAGAGACGCGCCGGCGCCUGAGCGUGGACAUCUACGACAAGUUCCAGCGCGCCGCCUCCAUCAAGCGCAAGCUGUCGGCCGAGCUGGGCCUCAACAGCGCGCCCGACGGCCCAGAGGUGACGCCCGGCCGGCGCACACUCUCCGUCAACCUGGGUGACGCGCGGGACGCCCACGGCCCCUUCCCGCUGUCCCGCAACGGGAGCCUGUACCUGAACGGCCUCAGUCCCGAGUACGCCGACCGGCGGGACGUCGCUGUGAUAGAACACCUGAAGUGAGGGAGAGAGGGAGGGAGGGAAAAGGAGACAGAAAGAAUUCGAGGGGGAUGGAGAUCAAAGACGUCUCAAAGCAGGAGACGUGGGAGAACGGAGAAAACGAUGAGAAAAAGAGAGAUGAUAGGGGUGCAGCGGACGGAAGUGAAGAUGAGAAGUAUCUCAGGUGCUAGAGGAGUGUGUCCUGUGACCUGUGCUGGCAGGGGUUCCCGCCGUCUCACACAGCUGUCCCGCACGCUCUCCCGACAGCAGGACGCGUCCCGCACACCGGCAGGAUCCGUGCGCCACGUCCGGCUCGAGCAGCGGGCCGCGUCGGCGCGCAACCGAGAGAUUGUGGGACGACUCCGCCCCCUCCGAGGAACCCACCAAUGAGCUCCAAGCCCCUGCCCCGAGUCUGCAUCAGACCAUGAGGUUCUUCACCACGUCACUCGGUAUCAUCCACUGUUUGCGUCUCUGCGGGGGGCGCCGAGGUGAGCGCCAUCCCUUUUUGUUUUUGUCGUUGCCGACGUCCACGGGGUCCGGCCGCCCCCCCCGACCACAGCACAGACUGGACCGUCCCAGAAACUCAAGUGCCUUAAUGAAGACCCACUAACAGCUCUCCC